AUGAUCCUUCAGGCAAACCGUAGGACCAGUACCACAGCUCCCUUGCGCCAAGCUUCUACAGAUGGCCCCGAAGAAUGGGGUCACUGGGCAGGCCGAAAGCACUACUCGCUAGAAGUCGUCCAGCAUCCCCUGCGUGCGCGAAUGUGUGGAUUUGGCGAUAAAGAUAGACGUCCGUUAGCGCCAGCCGCAGUUGCGAAGAUGAUAGUCAGGCGGGAAGAUGAGACCAUCGUAGACGUUGAUGAUGUCGACUGUUCUUUCUUCCUUGUAACGGUAGAUCUUUGGUCAGGCGAUGGAAAACAAGAGACCAACCUAGUUCUUCAUCCAUCCUCUACCGAUCGAUACGUUCCAACUCAACCUAAGCCACGGCGUCGUGGAACCAGUACUUCCACGCCUCAUAAAACCGGUCAUCAGACGCCAUCCCGUUCGACCCCUGCGCCAUCACAGUUCUCUGGUCGCGGCAGAGACUCUCAGGCUGGUGGGGGACUAACGCCAAUAAUACCUCCUCAAACCCCUGCCUUUUCUAGCCCCGGUUCUUAUUUCCCCUCUUCAGAUUCAAUGGAGUAUCAGCAGACGAAUAGCUACGGUGUAAAUACCUCCGAGCCCCCGGUAUGGGGGUAUUCUCAGACAUCGCAGGUUGAUCGUAAUACGACUUUCCCGCCGCCGGUACUACCGUCGAUCCACUCGUUUGGCAGGCCGUCGGGCCCGAACACGAAUACAGGAGGACAAUGGCACGCUGAUUCAGCGGUUCGGGAUGAGGCCGAAGCGAAUUCCUACCGCUCGUGGAACACUGAGUCCUCGUUCCACGUCGAUAACCAACCAGCCGCGUCCGGUGUCUUCGAGAGCCCUAGCACUCCGAAUGUAGACGGCUCCGGCUGGAACCAGGCUUCCAUGUCCAACUCCUCCGAGACCAGCAGUCAACAGUAUCCACCAACGAGCCAAAGUGGCACAUCAGAGCAACACUCGAUCUACGCCUCCGCUUCAUAUGCUCAACACGCACCACAAGGGGAAUUUUAUGCUUCUACCUACCCUUCGGGUGCGCCGCCGCCGUCGGCAAUUGCGCCUCUGCCCCGCCAUACUUACACUCGGACACUUGUUGGACCUCUGUCUGCGAAUGCCUGCCGAUUAUUGGACGAACAUCGUAAACCGGGUAUAUUCUUUUUGUUCCAAGACCUAUCGGUGCGGACUGAAGGAACAUUCCGUUUGAGAAUGCGAUUGAUGAACGUUGGGGCACCGCCUGCUCCCGACCAAGGCGCUAUUCGAGUCCACACGGAUGUAUCCCCGGUCCUUGCUCAAACGUUCACGGAACCAUUCAUUGUUUACUCCGCGAAACGUUUCCCCGGUGUACCAGAUACAACUGCGCUCUCAAUCGCCUUUGGCAAUCAAGGGCAGAAACUCCCUUUGCGCAAUCGCCAUGGUUCAAGCAAACGCAGACGGCGCGGAGGAUCUGAUACGGAAGAUGACGACUCCGAUGGCGCUUGA